UGGUUCAUUCGUCGAAGAACCCCCGGCGGCCGCAAUUGACGAUGAAGCUGCCUCAGUGACCGUGCUCGGAAAGGAGAAGCAAGAGAAUGGGAAUCUCACGAUACUCCAGCUGCCACGCAGUGGUGCAGCCAUUGUGGACGGAACAAACAGCGCGAAGCCCAAAACUUCCAAGGACGAAGCAAGCCUCGUCGAAUAACAUUUUCUUUUUGUUUCGUCUAUGUUCAAGUGUAUUAAUCCUAUGUAUUUUAAAGGCCCUCGUAUAUAUCCUCACCAGCCUAGGAUCACGCUGCAUUUCCCACAGCAGUAUAUAUCAUCGCCAAACAAAAUUGCGCCAUGUAACCAUCUCCUAAAGACUAAUAUUGCUUGCAUAAAAACACGCGCUUAUCCAUGUCAGACGAACAGAUUCCAACAUCAGCGAAUAAGU